CAGCGUUAGUUUUGAGUGUUUUUUUGUUUUUUUUGUCCAACAGGUCAUUGAAGACUUUUAACUCUGUUAAUCAUUCUCUUCUUAGAGAUGGAGUUUAUUAAAGAGGAGACUGAAGACAUAAAGAUGGUGUUUAUUAAAGAGGAGACUGAAGACAUAAAGAUGGCGUUUAUUAAAGAGGAGACUGAAGACACGAAGAUGGUGAUCAUUAAAGAUGAGGCUGAAGACAUAAAGAUUGAGUUUAAUAAAGAGGAGUUUGAAGACAUGAAGAUUGAAGAAGCUUUCAGAGUGAAACAUGAAGAUAUUGAGGAACAAACAGACCUGAUGGCAUUGAAAGAGACGAGCCAUGAACUUAAUGAAAGGCAAGAAGAGGAAGAACAUUAUUACAAACAUCAUUUCAUGACUGGGGAAAGAGCGACACAGGCUUCCUCACAAAAAAGAGCUCAAAAUACUGGAACUAAAAGUUAUUUCACCUGCCAACAGUGUGGAAAGAGUUUCAGACAUAAAGAAACCCUUAAAUAUCACAUGAGAAUUCACACGGGAGAGAAACCCUUCACCUGCCAACAAUGUGGACAGAGUUUCACACAUAAAGGAAGCCUUAAAGUCCACAUGAGAAUUCAUACUGGAGAAAAGCCUUAUACCUGCCAACAGUGUAGAAAGAGUUUCAGACAUAAAGAAACCCUUAAAUAUCACAUGAGAAUUCACACGGGAGAGAAACCCUUCACCUGCCAACUAUUUGGACAGAGUUUCACACAUAAAGGAAGCCUUAAAGUCCACAUGAGAAUUCACACUGGAGAGAAACCCUUCACCUGCCAACAAUGUGGACAGAGUUUCAGUCAAAAAAUAACCCUUAUAGCCCACAUGAGAAUUCACACUGGAGAGAAACCCUUCACCUGCCAACAGUGUGGAAAGAGUUUCAUUAAAAAUGAAAAUCUUAAAGUCCACAUGAGAAUUCACACUGGAGAAAAAACUUUCAUCUGCCAACAAUGUGGAAAGAGUUUCACACAUGAAGAAAGCCUUAAAGUCCACAUGAGAAUUCACACUGGAGAAAAUCCAUAUAUCUGCCGACAAUGUGGACAGAGUUUCAGUUAUAAAAGAAGCCUUAUAAUCCACAUGAGAAUUCACACUGGAGAAAAUCCAUAUACCUGCCAACAAUGUGGAAAGAGUUUCACACAUGAAGAAAUCCUUAAAGUCCACAUGAGAAUUCACACUGGAGAGAAGCCUUACACCUGCCAACAAUGUGGAAAGAGUUACACACGUGAAGAAAGCCUUAAAGUCCACAUGAGAAUUCACACUGGAGAAAAUCUGUAUAUCUGCCGACAAUGUGGACAGAGUUUCAGUUAUAAAAGAAGCCUUAUAGGCCACAUCAGAAUUCACACUGGAGAGAAGCCUUACACCUGCCAACAAUGUGGAAAGAGUUACACACGUGAAGAAAACCUUACAGGCCACAUGAGAAUUCACACUGGAGAAAAGCCAUAUAUCUGCCGACAAUGUGGAAAGAGUUUCAGUCAUAAAAGAAGCCUUAAAGUCCACAUGAGAAUUCACACUGGAGAGAAACAUUAUGCCUGUCAACAGUGUGGAAAGAGAAAGCUAGUGGUGCAGCGCAGCGCCAAACACAAACACAAACACACCACACCAAGCUCGAGAUGCAUCAGCUUCCCGCAGAGAGACCCGUGGCACUCCGAUGUCACCCGCCGAAUCGGAAAGAUACAACCUCUGAGGAUGGACCGUCCUGGACCUGUCCCUCAGACGUGUAUCUGUGGAGAGAUGAAGCAUUGUGUGAGCUCUGUCAAAGAUGAGAUACAACCUCUGAGGAUGGCUGAAGCACAGGGAAGCCAGGUGCCCGUCCUGGACCUGUCCCUCAGACAUGUAUCUGUGGAGAGACGAAGCAUCGUGUGA